GGAGGCUGUUCUCCCAGCUUUCUGUGCACACAGACGGAGCUCUGUAAUCGCGACAGUUCACAAGUCAAAUUUAGGCAAAUUUAACCUCAACUAGACUCCGAUGCAAACACACCUCAGACUAGGUGGAUUGUGGGCCUUUGACGUGUCACUGAUGGGAUCUUAUCAACUUUUGUUGCCGCGUAUUCCUUAAAGCCUCCAUGGAGCUUAUCCAGUCUACCCAGCUGCCUCAGGAAGCCCCUGCAGCUACAUGGAGCAACAACUCCAUCCCCCCCUACUCCCAAUUCCUGCUCCUCUCCACCACUUCUGAACCACUUCUCGGCUUUACCACCAGCGACGGCGCUUUCUUCUGCCAGAACUGCACCAAACCGAAACCUGGAUCCCUCCCUGGCUUGGCUGGGAUCUUCAUCCCUCUUAUCUAUGCGAUAGUGUGUGUUGUUGGCCUCGUAGGCAACACUCUGGUCAUCCACGUUGUUGUCAACUACACCAAAAACGAGUCCGUCACCAACAUCUACAUCCUCAACUUAGCCAUUGCAGACGAGCUCUUCAUGCUGGGCCUGCCCUUCCUGGCGGUGCAGAACGCUCUCCUCUAUUGGCCCUUUGGCUCUCUCAUGUGCCGUGUGGUCAUGACAGUGGAUGCCAUCAACCAGUUUACCAGCAUCUUCUGCCUGACCGUGAUGUCAGUGGACCGCUACCUGGCUGUGGUGCAUCCCAUCCGCUCCUUCUGGUGGCGGCGGCCCCGUGUAGCUAAGGCAAUCAGUGCCACAGUUUGGGCGGGGUCUAUUGUGGUGGUGCUGCCGGUGGUGGUGUUUGCAGACGUGCUGAAGGAUGAUGGGAACUGCAGCAUUGUGUGGCCUGAGCCAGCAGAAGUGUGGAAGACGUCUUUCAUCGUGUACACAUGCACCGUCGGCUUCUUCUGCCCCCUGCUGGUCAUCUGCUUGUGCUACCUGCUAAUCGUCAUCAAGGUGCGCAGCGUUGGAAAGCGGGCGCAGGCCACGUCCUCACGGCGCAGGAAGUCAGAACGUAAAGUCACCAGGAUGGUGGUUGUCGUGGUGGCAGUGUUUGUCCUUUGCUGGCUACCAUUCUACAUUCUGAAUAUCGUCAACCUCCUGAUGGUCCUGCCUGGGGACUUCCGGGGGCUCUACUUUUUUGUUGUUGUGCUGUCCUAUGCGAACAGCUGUGCCAAUCCCAUACUGUACGGAUUUCUGUCCGACAACUUCAAGAGAGGCUUCAGGAAGGCCCUGUGCGGCACUUCACGCAGGGUGACGAACAACGACAGGGUCGGCACUGAGGUACAGCGACCAACGGAGGAGUGGGGCGGCAUCGUGCUCCAAGCACAAAACAAAUGUGAAGGAGUCAUAAAUGUACAUAGGAAGGAUUGUGGUGAAAAAGAAGAUGAGGAAGGCAAUGGAACAGGAGGAGGGAACAUACAGAUGAGUGAAAUAUGCAAAAAAUCACAAAAUGGAAACCAAAGUGAAGUAACAGAGGUCUCAAAGACACAGGUUGUGCAGAAAGGUAAACCUGAGCCGGAGCCAAGUCAGAGUUCCAAACAUGGAGAAUUGGCUGAGAAAGGCCCAGGCUUUGAUCCUGCUAAGGUAGCGUCCUCUAUGGCCAGCAAAAGCAUCGUCAGCAGGUCACAACCGGAAAAAUGCUUGGAAGAUAACAAAGUGCUUGAAAUCAGCUAUCUGUAACAGAUUACAUCAAUUCUGUUUCCCCAAAGAUGCCAUUUGAUUCAUUUCUCAGAUAUUUGAAAUGGCUGUGAAUAUUACAAACUACAGAUUACAUUACAGUGUUAGAUCAUGUGGAGUGACUACUUUACAAAUUUGUGCAAAUCUUUGAAGUUGGGGUCAGUUCUUUUUUUCCCCCAAUGGAAAUUUGCAUUAUGUAAUAGUCUCCCAAUAAGUGCAAUUACUUUUGCCACGGUGCAAGAAUGCUAAAAUAAUGUGACUUUGACAAAAUAUGAAAGUAGGCAUGUUAACCAUGUUGGAUUGAAAUCAAAUGGAAAACUGAAUAGUUGGAAUAAGACAUUUUAAAUAUUUGAUCUGUAUCACUGGCUGCAAGUAUUGUGAAGUACAGUUUGGAGUUAUUGUUGCAAGUAGUCUACAGACAUUCAGAAACUUGUAUGUUAAAUAUAU